UGGCUGCAAUAUUGAUCCCCGCCCAGUCCCUGACUCUUUACCCAGUGCAAUGAUAUCCAGAGCAAGGGCUUUGAGACAGGAAGUGAGGCGUGUUUUCACUAUGAGUGAUCUGAGAAGAAGGCGGGUGAGCGGAGAUAGCAGCUGUUUCAUGCAAGGGGAGCACAGUAAGUCCGUUUCCCAGGAAUUUAGGUGAGGUGGCUUCAGGGGAAGAACUCAGCGCUGCUGCUGAGGUUUCACAGCUAAAGAUGUGGGAAGGGGUACGCUGUGUCUUUGGAUCACUGCAGCAGAACUGCUGUGGAAACUCCCUCCAGUUGGAGCUUGGUGGAGGACCUGCUCUUCUUUAAUGGCUGCCGCUGCCACUGCUGGUUGAUUGGCAGGAUACUUCAGGGCUCCUUAUUGCUUGGGAGAAGACUGCUACUUCCCUUCAUUUUCCAGUGUGGUGAUAGCUUUUCAUCACUGUCUGUGGGGAAAGAUGCCGUUACCUUUUGGGCUCAAAUUGAAACGAACUCGACGUUACACAGUGUCCAGCAAGAGCUGCUUGGUGGCCCGCAUCCAGCUGCUCAAUAAUGAAUUUGUGGAGUUCACUCUUUCUGUGGAGAGCACCGGCCAGGAAAGUCUGGAAGCUGUGGCUCAGAGACUCGAACUGCGGGAGAUUACUUAUUUCAGUCUGUGGUAUUACAAUAAGCAGAACCAGCGCCGGUGGGUGGAUUUGGACAAGCCUCUGAAAAAGCAACUGGACAAAUAUGCUUUGGAGCCGACGGUAUAUUUUGGAGUGUUUUAUGUGCCUACUGUUUCUCAGCUUCAGCAGGAGAUUACCAGAUACCAGUAUUAUUUGCAAUUGAAGAAAGAUAUCUUGGAGGGAAAAAUUCCUUGCACAUUAGAGCAAGCAAUUCAUCUGGCUGGGUUAGCUGUUCAAGCUGACUUUGGAGACUACGAUCAGUAUGAAUCUCAGGAAUUUCUACAAAGAUUUGCCUUGUUUCCUGUGGGUUGGUUACAAGAGGAAAAAGUCCUAGAGGAAGCAACACAGAAAGUGGCCUUGCUGCAUCAAAAGUACAGAGGCCUUACACCUCCUGAUGCAGAAACGUUAUAUAUGCAAGAGGUAGAGAGAAUGGAAGGCUAUGGUGAAGAGAGCUACCCUGCAAAGGACAGCCAGGGAAGUGACCUUAUUGGGGCAUGCCUUGAUGGUAUCUUUGUGAAACAAAAUGGCCGGCCUCCUGUUAUAUUUCGGUGGCAUGACAUUGCCAAUAUGUCCCACAACAAGUCCUUUUUUGCAUUAGAACUGGCAAAUAAAGAAGAGACAAUCCAGUUCCAAACUGAGGACAUGGAAACAGCAAAAUAUGUAUGGAGGAUGUGUGUGGCCAGACACAAAUUUUACAGACUAAAUAAAUGUAGCCUACAAACCCAGGCUGUUACAGUGAAUCCAGUUAGAAGGAGGUCCUCUUCCAGGAUGUCUCUGCCCAAGCCACAGCCUUACAUGAUGCAACCACCACCUCCUCUACAUUACAAUGGACACUACACGGAACCAUAUACAUCGUCCCAAGAUAACCUUUUUGUGAGCAAGCAGAAUGGAUACUACUACCAUUCUCAGACUAGCUUGGAUAGAGCUCCACAUGACUACAACGGCAGAAUUCGCAAUGGGAGUGUCUAUAGUGCACACAGCACAAACUCUUUGAAUAAUCCACAGCACUACUUGCAGCCAUCUCCCAUGUCCUCUAACCCAAGCAUUACUGGAAGCGAUGUCCUGAGACCUGAUUAUGUUCCAUCGCAUCGACACAGUGCGCUAAUACCACCUUCUUAUCGGCCUACACCAGAUUAUGAAACUGUGAUGAGACAGCUUAACAGAGGAAUGAUACACACAGAUAGGCAGAGUCAUUCUAUGAGAAAUCUUAACAUCAGCAAUUCAUAUGCCUACAGUAGGCCUGAUGCUCUGGUCUAUAGCCAACCUGAAAUCCGAGAACAUGCUCACUUCACCUCCCCCCAAUCUAAUCACUAUCCUUUUAACCUGAGUUACAGUUUUCAUAGCCAGUCUCCCUACCCAUAUCCUGCUGAACGGCGUCCAGUUGUUGGAGCAGUCAGUGUCCCUGAGCUAACAAAUGUACAGCUUCAGGCUCAGGAGUAUCCAGCACCAAACAUCAUGAAGACCCAGGUCUAUCGACCUCCUCCCCCUUACCCAUACCCAAGACCUGCAAACAGUACACCAGACCUUUCCCGACAUCUUUACAUUAGCAGCAGCAAUCCAGAUCUAAUCACACGGCGAGUCCACCAUUCUGUUCAGACGUUUCAGAAGAUAGUGCCUGCUGUGCGACAAGGAAGUGAGUGAGCCCUUAAAUCAGCACGGCAUGCUCAGCUACAGAAAAGGAACAGUAUUGAAAUAGCUGGAUCCCACAACUUUGAAGGCAUAAGAAUUAAAGAACGGACCAUGUCAGCCUCUGCUGCAGAUGUGGCCCUUCCAAGGGUCAUGUUGGCAGGGUCACAGCCCAGCGUUUUCAUGGAGAGAACAAAGCAAGAAGAAAAUAAGGAGCAAGAAGACAGUUUGAACUGUGAUCAUAAGAAGUCUCUUUCAGAUGCCACUAUGCUGAUUCACAGCAGCGAGGAAGAGGAAGAAUUUGAAGAAGAAAACAAAGCUAGUACAACUCUGACUCCUCUCUCUGAUGAUCAAACCCAGCUUUCUGCUGUUAUGGGUGGUUAUCCUCAUGAAUCCUUACUAAGUUAUCCUUACAGUUCUGUUGCUUCAUCUCCUGGCCCUUUGCAUAUCCUUGAGCCUAAGUUACAUAUUUCGGAGACGGAAAAGAGGAUAAAAGAUGUGAGCCCAGUACACUUAAUGGCUGAAACUCAGGUGCAGAGAAGAGGUGAAGGAUUGCUAACUCCAUCUAUGUCAGAAUCUGAUCUUACGACUUCGGGAAGGUACAGAGUGAGAAAGGAUUCUCUGAAAAAGAGACCUGUCUCUGAUCUUCUGUCAGGGAAGAAUAAUAUAGUGGAAGGUCUUCCCCCUUUAGGAGGUAUGAAAAAGAAUAGAACUGAUGCAAAAAAAAUAGGGCCUCUGAAGCUAGCUGCCCUAAAUGGACUAAGCUUGUCUCGAAUGCCUUUGCCAGAUGAGGGUAAAGAAGAGCCUACCAGAGCAACAAAUGAUGAACGGUGUAAAAUUCUAGAAAAACGGCUGGAACAGGGAAUGGUGUUUACCGAGUAUGAGCAGAUUCAAAAGAAAAGGCUCCUGGAUGGAGAAUGCUCAAUAGCCCGGCUCCCUGAAAAUGCAGAGAGAAACAGGUUCCAGGAUGUCCUUCCCUAUGAUGAUGCCAGAGUGGAGCUGGUCCCAACCAAAGAAAACAACACUGGCUAUAUCAAUGCAUCCCAUAUUAAGGUCUCUGUCAGUGGCAUUGAGUGGGAUAUUGCUACACAGGGCCCUUUGCAGAAUACAUGUCAGGAUUUCUGGCAGAUGGUGUGGGAACAAGGGAUUGCCAUUAUAGCAAUGGUGACAGCAGAAGAGGAGGGUGGGCGAGAAAAGAGCUUCAGGUACUGGCCCCGACUUGGCUCAAGCAACACUGUCACCUAUGGGAGAUUUAAGAUUACUACACGAUUCCGGACAGACUCUGGCUGCUAUGCAACUACAGGCUUGAAGAUCAAACACCUUCUCACAGGGCAGGAAAGAACAGUUUGGCAUCUGCAGUACACUGACUGGCCAGAGCAUGGGUGCCCAGAGGAUCCCAAGGGAUUUCUGUCAUACUUGGAGGAGAUACAGUCAGUGCGGCGCCAUACAAACAGCACAGCAGAUCCUAAAAGCUCUAACCCUGUACUGGUGCACUGCAGUGCAGGUGUAGGAAGAACGGGAGUGGUCAUAUUGUCAGAGAUCAUGAUUGCCUGUCUGGAACACAAUGAGAUGCUGGACAUCCCAAGAGUGCUGGACAUGCUGAGGCAGCAGAGGAUGAUGAUGGUGCAGACUCUCUGUCAAUACACUUUCGUCUAUGGAGUUCUCAUUCAGUUCCUUAAAAGUUCUAGGCUUAUAUGAUGCCCACCACUUCCUGUGGGACUGAAUCAUCUCAAGAGUUUAUAAAAGGAGAAUUGCAAUUGUCCAGGCAUACUUGCCUUUCUGAUGUUUUCCUGAAUAGAUAACUCAUGCAGGGUUACCUUUUCGGCAUGGUGUGGGGAUUUUAAAUGCAAGUGCAAGGUAUCAACCUUUGCAAAGCAAGGUAUCGACUGGACUAACUUCUUUCUGUGUUCAGCUAUGUUAGGAAGGUUCUAACAUAACACAACUGUGCUCUUGUGAAGUACCUGCCCAGCUUCUUGAGAUUGUGUUACUCUGGGUAAAUUAACAGACAACUUUACCAAAAGUACACUGGGCAAUUUUGGAAAUAACCAAUGGUUUUUUUUUUAAGCCUAAAUUGCUUUUUUAAAAACAGAGCAUUAGCUCUGAGCAUGGAAAAAUAUCUUUAGAGUUGCAUAGCGAGGGGCAUGACUGCCCCAUCGGAAUGCCAAGGUCUUAAGUAGUCUCACUCUACUUUUCAUUUUGUAUUUAAAACAAUGCUAAUAUAUUUUAAAAAAUAGACUUGGUUUCUUCUGGUUCAUUUAGCAGAACUAGCAGCUGCUAGAAACCUAAAAACAUCAGGACAGUUAUUUUUCUAUUCAGCAAAUUUAAUUGUUUUAGUCUUCAAAGAGCUCUACAUUUAUAAACAGCACAAGUUUUCAGAGAAGAGCAGAAACGAAUACUCUCAAAUUAACUUUUCAGGAUUUGUACAAAAGUGAAAAGUACAAGAGGAAACUGUUGGUACCUGUAGAGUUCCAGGUAGUAGAAUUGGCAAGAGAAAAGUCUUGUUACCUGCAGAUGCUAGGUAGUAAAAUAGUCAAGUAGAAGGCAUUUUCUAGGUGACAUAAAUGGUAAGAGAGAGGCACAGUUGCCUACAGAGUUGUAGGUAAUAAUCAGCAAGGGGAAGAGGUUAUUGUCAGCGGUUUUAGGUAAAAGUAAAUUAACAAGAGAAGGUCAGUUACCUACAGGGUUCUAGGUAAGAAAAUGGACAAGAGGAGGUCUAUAUUCAGUAUUAUUCAUAUAUUUAGAGGACAGUUUGAUUUUACUGGUUGAAAUCGAAGUGGAUGCAAAUGAUGUUUUAAGCACUUUUUUUUUUUUGCUCUUGUUUAUAUAGCUAAGCAUAUAAACUGUAACCAUAUAUCAUUUAAUAGACUAAAGUACCGUUACUAACCUAACUGUUAAUUUAGGAAGAGCCUUUGGAAAUGAUGAAGUGAGAGAUAACAGAACUUAAAAGUAGGAUGUUACAUAGUGGUGAAAUGGGGAAUGAGUAUGUGCAAAUGAUGGUGCAAGUGUGACGGCUGUGAUUUUUGGUUGCACAUGGUUAGUGCAAAGACUUCAGUAUUUUUACUCUGUCUAGCAAGAAAAGCUUAAACAUCUUAAUUUACAGUAGAGUUUGAGCUUAUUUUGUUAAUCAGCAGUAAGGUUUUCAUUAACCUUGUAUGGUAUUGUUGAGUUAAGGGUGUUUAUGAUAUACAGGAGGCCAUCUGAGAAUGAUAGCAACACUCAAAUGAUAAUUGAUGAUGAUGGAGAUGUGGGUAUUUUAGUGACCUCCUUUGCUCAAAAGAUGGUAGCAUGGUCACUGGAUGGGGCAUGAAACUGGAAGUCAAGAGACCUGAGGGUCUGUUCCCUGUUCUGCCACCAACUCGCUGUGACCUAAGUCAAAUCACUUCACCUCUCUGUGCCUCAGAUUUUCUAUUUUAAAACGAGUAUAAUGUUUCCCCACCUUCGUAAGGUGCUUUGAGAGACAAACAGCUCAAUUCAAGAGCACUCUUUGUUGUUUGUAGUUGUCUACUGGUCAGUUGGAUCUCUAAAUCUUUGGAGGACCAGUCAGUGAACAGACAAACGUUUUGUACCUCCCCCGAGAUACCUGCUCCACAGAAUGGAAUGGGAUUAGCAUUUAUUUGUCAGUCAUUUUUAUGAUGGUCAAGAUGAUUCUAUUUACUUCUGAUUAUCUGUGAGAAAGCUUUUAAGCCAUAGUGUAAGAGACUAAAAGCUCCCUUCAUAAGAAAAAAUUGUGUGUAAAUUUUAAUUAAAGGAUAAUAAAGGUUUUCUUCAGUUUCCUCUGUAAUGAUCUGCUCCCAAAAUGAUAGACAAGGUCCAAAUGCCAGUGUUAAAAUAUCACUCCCCGCCACCAAUUAUAUUACUAUGGAGUAAAUUGCAAGAGCCAUGUAGUGUUUUUUGGUGCCCUUUCCAACUCGUGUUGCCCUUGGUAAAAUGAGUUUUAUGUAGAGUUGCCGUUGCCAUUCUAAGCAUUGUUCUGUUAUGUUUCAUAAAGUGAAGAUCUGGUCUGUGCAUCCAUGCCCUUUCUGAAAGCCUUCUCAGAAAAGAGCAAGCUGGUUAUCGACUGUCUCUGAUAUAUGCUGGACUAUGAUCUUGCACAAUACUUUACUUGGUAUGAUACAAUGCCAGUUAUUACAAUCACUGAGAGUUCCUUUCUUUGGUAUCUUCACUAUAACACCACUAUAACUCACUUGGCACUUUUUUUCCCUUUCCCAGACUGAUGUAAAUAGAGGGGCCAGAAUAGAUGCUGCUAACUCAGGAUUUAUCUUGAACAAUUCUGCAUUCAAGUUAUCCUUGCCAAGAGUUUUCCCUUUUUUAACAAUUUGAUGGCUUGAAUGAUCUCUUCCUCAGUUGGAAUGUCUGUGUCGAUAUCAUCUUCUGCCUCCUGGAUGUUUGCUCUGUCUUUAGGUGGCUACCUGUUCAGCAAUUCUUUGGAAUGCUCUGUCUAGCGCAUUUCUUGUUCAUUUUCAGUUGCUAGUAGGUGGCCUUGUUUGCCCUGAUGAGAUUUGUUGGUGUCUGACUUUAUUGAUAAGCCACAUCAUUUUGUAGACUGUUCCUUGUUCAUCACGAGUAGCUGCAUCAUAGAAUCUUAGAACAUCAGAGUUGGAAGGGACCUCAGGAGGCCAUGUAGUCCAACCCUUGCUCAAAGCA